GCGGCGGCGGCGCCCCGGGGGACUAGGGCCCGCGCCCGGGAAUCCUGCGGCGGUCGGACGCGCGCGGGGUCCCCGCCAGCGCCGCGCGGGGGCGCUGCCGCCUCUCCGGCCACUGCGCGCUGCCGGCGGUCCCCGCGGCUGCAAUCGCCGCCUGCAAGAUGUCGCUGCGGCCCGGGACCGGUCUCGCCUGGCUGCUGUGCUGCGGCGCCCUCCUGGCCCCGGCCGCGGGCUACGUGAUCGUCAGCUCGGUGUCCUGGGCAGUCACCAACGAGGUGGACGAGGACCUGGACAGCGCGUCCACCGAGGAGGCGCUGCCCGCGCUGCUGGAGGACCCGGGCAGCAUCUGGCAGCGGCGCUUCCCGGCCUCGGCGCACAAGGAGGACGCGCACCUGCCCGCCCCGGCCGGCGCCGCCCGCGCCCGGCCGCGCCCCGCGCCUCCGGGGAUGUUCUCGUACGCGCGCGACAGCGCCCCCCGGCCGCGCCCCGGCACCGCGCGCUUCCUGGCCCACGCCAGCGCCUGGGGCUGCCUGGCCACCGUCUCGGCGCUCCACAAGAUGCCAGGACUACCCUUUGGGAGUUGCCAGCCCAUGAGUGAUGGUCCCUUGAACAACAGUACUGGAAUUCCUUUCUUCUAUGUGACACUCAAGGACCCUGCAGUGGCUGACCUGAUGAAGAAUCCCAUGGCCUCGCUCCUGUUGCCGGAAUCAGAAGGAGAAUUCUGCAGAAAAUCUAUUGUCGAUCCAGAAGACCCUCGGUGUGCCCGCUUGACCCUUACUGGCCAGAUGGUUAUUGUGCCAGUGGAAGAAGUAGAAUUUGCCAAGCAAGCCAUGUUUUCAAGACACCCAGUGAUGAGGAAGUGGCCUCGGCAGUACGAGUGGUUCUUCAUGAAGAUGCAGGUGGAGCGAGUCUGGCUUCAGAGAUGGUACGGAGAAGUUUCUGACAUUCCAAGGGAGGAAUAUUUCAAAGCUGUGCCCAGAAAAGCCUGAUGGAACAAAGUCCUCGAUGUUUGCAGGAGUGAAACCUGUUCUGUGAGGCCACCAGACAGCUCUCAAUGCAGGGCUCAAGCGGCUCAUCAUCCCGGCAGCACGGAACAGAGGGUGACCCAGGAGCCCUGUGCAAACAGGAGAUCAAGUGACAGGUCACACACCCCUAUUCACAUAGAUCUCUCUGUCCCUGCCAGACUCACCACCCUGGGAGCACCUGUCCAGUUGUCCGAAUUAAGACAGUUGUUGUUUUAUUCUUCAAGAUAAAACAAACAAACAGUGUAUGUCUCUAUGUAUGGUGUGGUUGCUAUUGUAUUGUGAGAAUGUCUUUGUUACUUGUUGUGCCCAAAGAAGGUCUUCGAUCUGAGGUUAUAGAAACCCCAAAGGAACUUGACCCACCUCCUGCCUCCCAGUGGCAGGGCUCUGUGUAAUGCUGGAACACUGGUAUAUGGGUACCAUGCUGUGCUGUUGGACUGCAAGUGUGUUGGCACCUCUGCUGGGAUGCAUCGGUCACUUGGGAUGCUUGUUUCCCACUAUGCAGGAUGGACCAUGUGAGUAUGGCGUUUGGUGCAUUGCACUGCUCUGUGUGAGCUGGUUUCAGCUCAAGCUCUUUGAUCCCCAUGUUCUCAAAGGCAGGAAGAGGGGCGUCCAACAUAAGAAGCACUCAUCUUGUUGCAGAGAGAGAGAUAGACAGAAAGAGAGAAGAGCGGGGAAGGGAACCAGGGGCAGGCGUCAAUCAGCACCUUAAAACAGAAGGAAAUAAGCCAGUAGAUGAAAGAAUGUUUUCUAUCUAACCUCAGGCCAGGCUGUGCACAGGGUCAUCUCGCUGCUGCCGAAGGAAAGGAGAACCAAGACUCAGAGAGGCUCCACCACCUUCCUGAGCUGGGAAUCCAGAAUUCCUUGCAUGUAUGAAUGAAGAUGUCUGGUUUUAGGAGCAGAGGAGGAGAGUUGCUGAAAUACAUGGGGAGUGUAGAAGCAGGGAAAUGGAUAAAGAGCUGAAGCUUGGCCAGCUUGGCCGAAAAGGUUGGCCACUGAUUUGUGCUCCCAAUAAAGUCCCUGAUAUUUGGUUUUUGGAUAUUUUAGAUAUUUUUGGAUAUUCUGACUACACGUUGAAAUUAUUCUGUGAAUUAUAUUCAGGAAAUUCUGGUGUUUUCUAGAAACUCUACUGUAGCUUUGUAGACCUCUAAACCUGCUACGUAUUGUACACAUUCAGGAACUCUCAUAUUGGAAUCUUUCAAAGAUCUAGUAGGUACCCAGUUUUCUGUAUCUCUAGAAUGACUCUAAGUCUACACUGGUGGGUUAGGCAUGCUGUAUUACAGAAAAAUAUUAUUUAUAUGUACACAUACAAAACAUACAUUUUAGAGAAAUAAAAGUGUGAAUAAUGGUUACACUUUUGUUUUAAAAACUCAGUCAUGAAGAGACUUGUCAUCAUAUGUUUUAAGUGCCUGUAAGCAAAUGCAGAGUAAUAUGUGCAUGAUUCUUUACUGAAAGUCAGUUCUCAAAGGAUCUUCUAACAUUGGCGAUGUUUAGGAUAUAAGAAAAAGUAAAUUUGUGAUUGCAUUAUGUUGUACAAGUUGAAAAUUAUUGCUACUCUCAAAAGGUAAGAAUGGAAAACAAACAACCCUAUAGUUCCUAUAUUAACAUUAAACCUAGCUCUCAGAGCAUCACUCCUGGUCUGCCUAUGAAUAAUGUCACUUAAGCUAGAGUUACUCUUGGCAUCUGGUUCCAUUAGCUCAUUAAAGGCCAGCACACUGCUUCAAGGUAUCUGGCCAUGUGGGUGCUAUUUAUAAUUACAUAAGCUUGACAAGUCAUUCCCAAGGUGACAGGUAAUGAAAUCUAAACAGGUAAAUUAUAGAAAGUAUCAAAUGCAUAGGUUUGGUUUAAUAGGUUCCCUUCAGGUCAGAAAGUUUCAGAAAAUACCUAGAAAUUUACAUUGACUAAGAUGUUAAAAAAAACAUACUAGAAGUUCUAAAUACAU